AUCACGGGCCUGAACAUAUCACUGAUUUCUUGAACUCAGCUUAGCGUGAAGCAGAACCGAACGGUUCUAGUGACUCUUGGCUAUUACACAGGGAUAAAAUUUAUCGUCGCGUUCGAAAAGUGACAGCCCAUUUAACAGGAAUCGCCGUCAGACAAAGUGCGCACGCAGCGGCGAUUCCGGCUUAUCGAUCGACUAUAAAAUGUCUUGAUCAAGGGUCACUGGCGCGGCUUGAGUUCACCGCCGUGAAAUACGCUUUGAUUUCAAGUUAGAUUCGUGAAUUCUGUGUUUGUAGUUCAAGUCGUUAACGUCAUGGAGGGCGACCCGUCGAAGAAUUCCGAGGAAAACCUGUCUUUCGUGGAUGUAUCGGACGAAGACAGGCAGUUACUCGAGGAGAAGGCAGAAAUCGUCAGGGGAUUUCUUCAAGAGAGAGAAAUUAUCGAACGCGCCCACGAAGAUGAGAAAGACGAAAUGCGAUUUGCGUUCGAAGCGGAGAAGGAAAAUAUGAGAAAAGCGUUCGAGUGCGAGAAGGAAGAAAUGCGACAGGUUUUCUUGAAAGACAAAGAUAAUAUUCGUUUAGAGUUUCAGGAGGCGAAACAUGUUUUGAAACUGUCAUUCGAUGACGAGAAAUGCGCGCUGAUGAAAUCAUGGGAUCGAGAGAAGGAAAGUCUGGUGGAGAAUUUUAAUAAAGAGAAAAAAGAAAUGAGACUAAAUUUUGAGAGGAUUCUCAGGGAAAAAGAAGAAACUUUCAGAGCUGAAAAAACGGAAAUGGAGGCCAAGAUACGCAAGAAACUGGAGCGAAUCGAAGACGUGGAAAACGAAUUAAAGCGAACACUGUCUGAAGGUUUGGGUGAUCUUGAGAACAUUUACUUCGAGGAAAAUGCGUAUCUCGAGACCGUAUACAACCAUGAGCAACCCGAGGUGGACAUGCACUUCAAAGGGCUCUUAGAUGCGGAGUUGAACGUCGACAGGGACGACUUGAUGAAAUCACUGAACCAGGAAAAGAGCAGAAUGCAGUCGCACUACACUAGUAAACACAAACUAUUGGAGGACCAGUUCGCCUGUGAAAUCAUGGACAUGGAGCAAAGAUUCAAGCAACAGAAGAACGACUUGAUGAACAUUUUUAGGAGAGAAAAAUCAGACAUGGAGGAGACCUUCCGAAAGGAAAAAGAAGAGAUCAGGCGAAAAUUCGAGACGGAAUUUCGACGAAUACUUCAGCAAGAAAGGAUGAAAUUCGAGUCGGAAGUUCAAGGAUACGAACAUGACAUCUCUGUGUUAAAAUAUCAGAAGGAACAGCUGGAGAAAUGUUACUCGUUGGAGAUGCAAACACUGCAGUUAAAAUUCGACCGAGACAGGCUGGAAAUUGAGAAUAAGUUUACAAACGAAAAGAGAGAUCUGAAGAGGAUCUUAAAGGGACAAUACGAGAGAAAAUUGAGCGAUGAUAAAGUUCGACUGGAAUGGUUGCUGGAUCAGUUUCAUCUCAGUGGAGGAACCAGCAGCGAACAUCUUGAUACAUCGCUGAGCUCAAGCUCUGUUUUUUCCGAUUGACUUUAAUUCUUAAUUCUUAAUCCUUUUGAUUUCUCUAGACAAACGAGCGUGGUGUAAAAUACAUGAACAGCCGAAGGGAAGUUUGGAAAUUUAUAAGAUAAUUUGCCUGAAAAGAAAUCGUGACGAACGCUCUGCCAAACCAGUCACAGUCCUUCUUGUAUUGAAUUAUUCAAUUGAGCUUUUUUAUUUCCUACAUGAAGUUGCCGCUGCAUUUGUGUACGAAAAUAUCAAUUGUAAAUAAUCAGAAUGAAAUAUGAAUGUAAUGAAGAUACCUCAAUAAGGCUGGUCGAUAACAAAAGAAACAUUAUUCCAGUAAUAUUAAACAGCAAGAAAGCUAUUAAUAUUUUACGGUUUUCGUAUGGAAUAUAACUCAAGAGAACCACAGUAUAACAACAGAGAUUAAAAUGAAUUUAAGAUGAUGAAGAAAAAGAUAUAUUGUUGGAGUAUUUAGUGAGUCAUGUUCGCUGUAUGAAACUCAAUUUGAACACAGGUAGAAUGGAGCCCAACAAACCAAAGCCAGAGAAAAAUACAGUUUUCCAUUCAAAAUGAAAAAUUUGCUAAUUGGUCUGAGUCAUGUCAUUAAUUUAUAACCGGCGAUCAGGCGUUCUUUCGAAAUACGAAAGCCUGAUCGCAGGUUUUGUCAUUUAGGAAGGCUGGGACAUUUUCUGGAAAGAAAACAUAGCGCUAGCGCUUGUAUCGCGUGACAUUCGCCGUUAGACCACUCGAGCAAGAAAAACAGGUUCUAACCUUCCCACGGGCAUUUUGCCACACGCGAUGUCUUGUCUCUCUGGUAAGUCGGUUGGGGGCAAACUGUCGCGGCACAACAAGACAAAAGGUCAUUUUCCGGUUGUUUUUUCCUUCUGCUUCAAAACGAGUCCUUGGAAAAAAACUUUUAAAAUUAAAACGAGUUUCAAAUGGUCUGGAUAAUAGCUGGCAAGUAACAAUUUUUGAGUUAUUUUUUUGUAAAAAAAAAAUACCUCUAAGUCGGCGCGUCGGGUA